UUCUGGUGAGAUAUUAAUCAGUUAGGUUUGACUUGUAGUUCUGGCAGUGGGUUCAUAGGUAAAAAGUUGUAGCCAUCCAAACUGCACUAAGAAUGUCUGGGCUUGGGAAUGAUGGAAUGGAUCAAGGUUCAAUGAUGGAAUCAGAAGAUAGAAUAGAUAAGACAGUUGAUAUCUACAUCACUGCUGAGGCUGUAAGAGACAUUAAACAUAAGAAAGACACGGAGGACUUCGACACCCAAACAGCGAAAACCCAAACACCGCAACACACAGGAAGUGAUUCUGUGAGGAACAGAAGCUCCAGAGUUGCUGCAGUGUGUUUGGUGUUGCUGUGUGUUCUUCUGCUGACUGCAGUCAUAGUGCUGUGUGUCACGUUCACUCAAGAGAGACAACAGUUCAUAUCCAAGAAUGAAAACAUGACCAAUGAGAGAGACCAGCUAAUAUCCAAUAAUGAAAACCUGACCAAUGAGAGAAACCAGCUAAUAUCCAAGAAUGAAAACCUGACCAAUGAGAGAGACCAGCUAAGAAAUAAUCUUCAGAGUUCUGAUGGAUGGACUUACUAUAAAUCCAGUUUUUACUACAUGCCGAAUGAGACGAAGAGCUGGAAUGAGAGCAGAAGAUACUGUACAGAGAGAGGAGCAGAUCUGAUCAUCAUAAACAACAGAGAAGAACAAGAUUUUGUUAAGAACAUGACUGGUAAAGCUAUAGUCUGGAUUGGUCUGACUGACAGUGUUGUGGAGAACACAUGGAAAUGGGUUGAUGGAAGCACACUGACCUCUGGCUUCUGGGGGUCUGGAGAGCCUAAUGGAGGUACAAGAGAGAACUGUGUCCUGACUGUGGCUGUACCUAAAUUGCCAGAGUGGCCUAAUUUAGUAGGGUGGCUUGAUGAUGCAUGUACUAAACCUUUUAAAUGGAUCUGUGAGAAGAGUAUUUCACAACUCAUACUGCCAUAAGAACAUCACACACUUUUUUUUGAUGCAAGUUUAACUGUACAAAACUUCUGUAAUAAUUGAUUAUCAUCUAAAGCAGUGUUUCUCAGCCUUGUUCCUGGAGGACUGAUUUAUAUAAAUGACUGGAAUGACGUCAUAAAAAUUGAAGCCAUAGAAUAUCGUGCAAAAGUUCAUGUAUUUCAGUGAUUC